AUGAUCGCCGCCAAGUUCGCCAACGCGGUUGCCGUCAAGGCCUCGGCCCCUGUGGCCCGCCGCGCCGCCGUGCGGGUGCGCGCCACUGAGGGCGCGGAGGAGCCCAAGCCCGAGGCCCCCGCCGCCGCUGAGGCCAACUCCGCCCCCGAGGCCGCCCCCGUCGAGAUGCCGGCCCCCUCGGAGUUCAAGGGCCACCAGCCGAAGCCCAAGCCGCCGACGCUGAAGGAGGCCAUGGCGUUCAGCGGCCCGGCCCCGGAGCUCAUCAACUGCCGCCUGUCGAUGCUCGCGUUCGUCGCGGCCAUGGGCGCCGAGAUCGGGUCGCACGAGUCGACGCAGACGGUCUUCCGCCAGGCGUCCGAGGCCGGCGCCGCCGUGCCGCUGACCAUGGCGAUCUUCUCGAUCGCGUCGCUGAUCCCGAUCCUGAACGGCCUGGACGACGGCCGCGCCCGCCUGGGCCCCUUCGACCGCGACACGGAGGUGCUGAACGGCCGCGCCGCCAUGCUGGGGCUGGUGGCGCUCGCCGUGAUCGAGGCCGGCACGCACCGCGCGUUCUUCGCGUAA